AUGGAGCAAGGAAAAGAUGCGGCUGCACAAAAGAUGGAGCAAGGAAAGAAUGCUGUUGGACAGAAAGCUCAAGGAAAGCAAGAUUUCGGACAAGUGAUGGAAGGAGGCACGAACGUUCCCGGACAACCUAAAAAGAACGUUGCUCCUCCUACUAAAGUUGAACAAGGUGCUGGUAAAGAAAUGAUCCAUCAUCCGAAGAACACCAACCCUGAAGAUCGCAAGGACUUCAAACAGUACAAUAAAGACGGUACAGUUAACAAAUUCCAUGAAUCAAGGGCUGAAGGCGAAGCUAAGCUCGACCCCAACAGAGACUACGCCACCCAGACAUUUCAGACUUCGGGUGCUGCUCAGGCCGUGCAGAACUAA